AUGACGACAGAUCAUAGUUACAAUAGCAAUGGAAUGAAAUUGCCAAUAACAUUUGAUGUACAGCAGUCACUUUCGAACCAUCACGUAAUAUCAAUAACAGUUCUUCAACAGAUACCGAAUUUAAAUUUUAAUGAAUUGCAUGUUACAUUUUCAAACCAAAGAGUUUUCAAAGUACAGAAUGAAGUCCACAAGAUUUUAAGUUCAUUUCCGGCGAACUAUUUCUUAGCGAAGAGUCGACACCUUGGUUCAAGCGAAAACUCAGAGACUAGUCUCAUUUAUAGCAUUUUUAAUGAAAUCUAUGGCAUUAUUAAUUUGGAACGAUCGACACGAAUUGAAAGCAUAAGGUCAGAACAUAUGCGACUAAUACCAAGGUGUACAGAUAUUACAGAGUUCUUGAAUAAUAUAGCAAAUAAACUGAUAAGUCAAGAAUCAAGACCUGAACAUGAAGUCAUGUUCAAGACCUUUUCGAUGAAACCACCAGGCACUGGAAUCGACAUUAGAAAAGAGAAAAAUAUAUUAUUUUCUCCUCAAUCAAGUGAAGACCCCUUAACUUUUCUAUCUUCAAGAUAUUUCAGCACGCUCUAUUCUUUGAGCAGUCCCUUAAGUUAUUUUCCAAAGACUGCAUUAUCAAGAUUAAGAAACUUAUGUGAUAAUAAUCCAGAAAUGAUAUCUCAAGUCAUUAUCAAAGUUACUUUACCAGUAGAGGAUAUGGAUAUGAGACAUUCUAACAAAUAUGGCUUACUCAUGAAACUGAAAGAAAUGUUUGACAAUGAUUCUAGGUCUUUCAAUAUUCAUCUUGAGAAAGAAAAUCAGGAACGCUUUCUUGACAGGCAUGAAGGUCUCUUCAAUAACCUUCUAUCUUCUGAUGACGAUAACCCCACAGCUAUAGCUCAAAACAGGGAGCAGGAAGAAAAAGUAGAUAAUUUAUUGUUGGACUUGAAGGUGAGAGAGGCUCAUCUACAAUUUAUACUACUAUUAGAGUUAUUGUGCGCUACGAAUGUUGAAGAGUCCAAUUUUCUUACUGAAAAUUCUCAGUUGCAAGAAGAGGAAUUAAAAAGAAUCAGCCAACGAGCAAGACAAUCUUUAAUCAGAAGAAAAAGUAAAAAGGGUAGCAAAAAGAUUAUACCGACAUUUUUAGGCAUGGGAAUUGAUGUGAGCGAGAAACCACAAGCUAAAAAGGAGCGACAAACGUCCAUUUAUGAUUCUUACACAAUGUAUUCGUCAUUAAAUACCCUUAUAGAUAGAAUGGGGCUUUGGGAUACACUUUUGAUGUCUAAUAAAAAUUUAAAAGACCAAUCAAUAGACUUUUUAGCAUACGUUGUUAUCCCAUAUUUUAAAAAGAGACUUCCCCUAAUUGUUGGGUAUAUCACAGAUAAGAUGAAGGGCCUGAAUCUCAAGUUAUUGCAUAGGAAUUCAAAGCUGAAAUCUUUGGAGCCAAGCGAGGGUUCAGAUAGACAGAAAAUAACCAAGGUUACUAACAGCGCUCAUUCCAAAUAUAAAAAAACCCUUCUUCGAAGAAGGAACACAUUAAAGGCGUCUUCGAGCGUACUUGAAAGCGAUGGACUACUUCCAGCAUUAACUUUCAAAAGAUCAAAGUCAAACCUUUCUUCAAAAAAUUUACAAAAAAGACAAGUUGAAAUGUCUUUAAGCUGGAAGCAGCAUUCCAUCAGUGAAGAAGGGAAGAAGAAUGAAAAUACAGACAAUGAAAAACGGUCAAAAGACUCGAUAUUUAGCAAUACAAAGAAAAUUCAAGAGUCCUUGAAUGUUCAAUCCUUUGCGGAGGUAUUUGAGACUCCACUUAAGAAGCAAAAGUUCUCAAAGGGAUCAAUUACCCAAGUGGACAUGACGCCUAAUAAGAAAACCGAGUCACAUUCUAAGAGCAAGAGUUCUUUUUCACAAGUUGAGAUGACUCCAUCCAAUAGGACGCAUCUUCGUUCAAAUAUAAUAUCUUUUAAAAGAACGCCGAAUAAAGACAGAAUAAAUCAUUCUACUAGUUCUAGCAACCCUUUUAUCACGGACAUGGAUGAUCCCGCUCUUUAUUCUUCACCAGCAGAGUCUCAAAUUACCAGCUCUCCAACUAACUUCACGAAGCGCCAUGGUAUUCAGCUACUUGAGGAUUCUCAAUUGACGUCAAUGCAUAGUCCAAAAAAGAAGUACAGGCCUGGGGAUCCAAUUCCAAUUCAGAGUUCUCCUUACUAUAAGUCUAGAGAGAUUGAGAAACCAGAAAAUCUAUUCUCAGGCUUUUUAUCCGAGGUAGAGAAAGAUGUUCAUACUAGCGGAAAUGAGUUACAGAGAAUCUCAAGUUCUGCUCUAUCUACUAGUGUACAGUGUUCGGAAGAUGAGGUCCAGUCCGAUGGCUAUAAUACAGAGGAGACAGAUAAGGAUUGA